CUACUCAGUAAACUUCUGCAAACUAAGCAAUAAAAAAGCAAAGAGACACAUAGAUGAACUGACUGAUCAAACACGUUCUCACAAACACAAAACAUUGGCUUUAUAUAAGACAAUCCUCAAGAAGCUGAAAAGUUAAUUUUAUUGGUGGGAAUGAUUUAUGAGCAGCGAGUGCUGCCAUCAUGCCUUUGUCCUCUUGUUGCAAAUAAUUAUGUUUUAACUUUCCAGACGUUCCUAAGUUGACACAACAAAAAUUGGUUUUCUAUCCGUGCAGCAAAGGCUUUCGAGGAGAUUAGAAACCUGGCAGUUGCACAGUAAAACCGCAUGAUGUUGAAUAAUUUAUAUAAGAUUACGUUUUGUACUGCACGUUAUGAAAUAUCAUUAAAGUAUUGUUUGCUCAAGCAAUCAGACUUAGACCUCAGGUUGUGUGAUCAGCGUUGCUGUUUUACUCGGGCUUUUGCUUACUAUUACAGAAAACUGAGAAUGAUAGUUAGCUUGUUCACAGCGCUUGAGCUUAAGGGAGAGCUUUUGGGGUUUUGGAUGGGAACAGAAUAAACCCCAUUCAAUUAUCAUGCAUACUGUAGGCAAUUAUGUUGAAAUGGAUCUAUGACAGCAAAAGAACUGAAAUAAUAGAAAACCAUCAGUUUCCAAAACGAAGCACAAAGCUGCCCAGGGCAGUUGCUGCACAACAGCCAAGCCAUUAGCUGCUGUUUACAUUCCCAAGUCCCACGCUGGGGUGAAGUCUGACACACCUCUGGACAGGCUGCUUAUUCUCUUCAGGCACAGCUGGGUUUGUCCGUGUCCACGUGCCACAUCCCAGAAUUAGCUCUGCCCUCAAGUACUCCAUGAGCAGUGUCGUGCCAAGCACAGCAAAGCGACUGCUUUCUAGACUUUGCAUACAACGCUGCCAUUAACAGCGCUAGGAUUGGGUUUACUCCUGCAGUGGCAGCACGCUGCUGCUGAUACAUGUUUACUGUCAACCCCCUGGCACCUUCUCAGUGUUCUGGCUAUGUGGAGUUCCUGUGCUCGAUUUCAACUUCCAACAUUUGAGUACAUGUACAUGUCUCCCACUUGUCUCCCACACGACUGGCGAACAAAGCCCAAGCAACGGAGCGAGUAGCAUCACGGCCCAGCCGCCUUCAGGCCGCUCUGCGCUGAGGCCCGGACCGCCGCCAUCUUGCGGCAGGCAGCCCACGGCCCGCAGUGCUCGAGCCCUCACACACAGCCCGACCCCUCUGCCCCGCCGCGCCGCUAUUGGCCACUUCAGCUUCCAUGCCGUAUUCCUAUUGGUUGGAAAAGACGUCAGUCAGGAGGAGGGCGUGGCUCCGAUCUCGGCCCGCAGGGCUGUUCGGCCGAUCGAGUGGCGCUUUUCGCCGCCGUCACUGCGCUUGCGCAAGGCCCCAGUACUGGGCAAACCGCGGCGCGGCCCGCAGCUGCGCCUGCGUACUGCUUUCUCGCCUCCCCUCCCCCCACCCCGGAACGGAAGUGCUGGGGCCGCGGCAGUUCCGUCUCGGCGUUGUUCGCGCUGGACAAAAUGGCGAAGAUCGCCAAGACCCACGAAGAUAUCGAAGCGCAGAUCCGAGAAAUUCAAGGCAAAAAGCCUGCCCUUGAUGAAGCACAAGGAGUAGGCCUCGACUCCACCGGGUAUUAUGAUCAAGAAAUUUAUGGUGGCAGUGACAGCAGGUUUGCAGGAUACGUAACAUCCAUUGCAGCAACUGAAUUGGAAGACGAUGAUGAUGAUUACCCAUCUACAAGUUUGCUUGGCCAGAAGAAGCCGGGGUACCAUGCUCCAGUGGCACUGCUUAAUGACAUACCACAGUCAACCGAACAGUAUGAUCCUUUUGCAGAACACCGUCCUCAAAAGAUUGCAGAUCGGGAAGAUGAGUACAAAAAGCACAGGCGGAUGAUGAUAAUUUCCCCUGAGCGUCUUGAUCCUUUUGCAGAUGGAGGGAAGACACCAGACCCUAAAAUGAAUGCCAGAACAUACAUGGAUGUUAUGCGUGAACAGCAUUUAACAAAGGAAGAGAGGGAGAUUAGGCAACAGCUAGCUGAAAAAGCUAAAGCUGGAGAGCUUAAAGUCGUCAAUGGAGCCGCAUCUCAGCCACCUUCAAAACGCAAGCGGCGUUGGGAUCAAACAGCAGAUCAGACUCCUGGUGCAACACCCAAAAAGUUAUCCAGUUGGGAUCAAGCAGAGACUCCUGGACAUACACCAUCUCUGCGAUGGGAUGAAACUCCAGGCCGUGCAAAGGGUAGCGAAACUCCCGGUGCCACCCCUGGCUCAAAGAUAUGGGAUCCCACUCCCAGUCACACGCCAGCAGGAGCUGCGACACCUGGACGGGACACACCUGGUCAUGCAACACCAGGCCAUGGAGGAGCCACUUCCAGUGCACGUAAAAAUCGAUGGGAUGAAACUCCUAAAACAGAAAGAGAUACUCCGGGACAUGGCAGUGGAUGGGCUGAGACUCCUCGUACAGAUAGAGGUGGUGACUCCAUUGGUGAGACACCAACCCCAGGAGCAAGUAAAAGAAAGUCCCGAUGGGAUGAAACACCUGCUAGCCAGAUGGGUGGCAGCACUCCUGUUCUGACACCUGGCAAAACACCCAUUGGUACACCAGCUAUGAACAUGGCAACUCCUACUCCAGGUCAUAUAAUGAGCAUGACUCCUGAACAGCUGCAGGCUUGGCGUUGGGAGAGGGAAAUUGAUGAGAGAAACAGGCCGCUUUCUGAUGAAGAAUUAGAUGCUAUGUUCCCAGAAGGAUAUAAGGUCCUUCCCCCACCAGCUGGUUAUGUACCUAUUCGUACUCCAGCACGUAAACUUACAGCAACUCCCACACCAUUGGGUGGUAUGACUGGAUUCCACAUGCAGACAGAGGACCGGACUAUGAAGAGUGUCAAUGACCAGCCUUCUGGCAAUCUUCCAUUCCUAAAGCCAGAUGAUAUCCAGUACUUCGAUAAGCUGCUGGUUGAUGUUGAUGAAUCGACUCUUAGUCCUGAAGAGCAGAAGGAGAGGAAGAUAAUGAAAUUACUUUUGAAAAUAAAGAAUGGCACGCCUCCCAUGAGAAAGGCUGCCUUGAGACAAAUUACUGAUAAAGCUCGGGAAUUUGGAGCUGGUCCAUUGUUUAAUCAGAUUCUACCAUUGCUGAUGUCACCAACACUGGAGGAUCAGGAGCGCCACUUACUUGUCAAAGUCAUAGACAGAAUUCUGUACAAACUGGAUGACCUGGUCCGACCAUACGUACAUAAGAUUCUUGUUGUCAUUGAACCAUUGCUGAUUGAUGAAGACUAUUAUGCCAGAGUAGAAGGCAGAGAAAUUAUUUCAAACUUGGCUAAGGCUGCUGGUUUGGCAACAAUGAUUUCUACGAUGCGACCUGAUAUUGAUAACAUGGAUGAAUAUGUCCGGAAUACCACAGCUCGAGCCUUUGCUGUUGUUGCCUCUGCUUUGGGCAUUCCUUCUCUGUUGCCCUUCUUGAAAGCUGUCUGUAAAAGUAAAAAAUCCUGGCAAGCGAGGCAUACUGGCAUCAAGAUUGUGCAGCAAAUUGCUAUUCUUAUGGGUUGUGCUAUCUUGCCUCAUCUCAGGAGCUUGGUUGAAAUUAUUGAACAUGGUCUUGUGGAUGAGCAGCAGAAGGUUCGUACCAUCAGUGCUUUGGCUAUUGCUGCUUUAGCUGAGGCAGCUACUCCCUAUGGUAUUGAGUCAUUUGAUUCUGUUCUGAAGCCCUUAUGGAAGGGUAUACGUCAACACAGAGGAAAGGGUUUGGCUGCCUUCUUGAAAGCUAUUGGUUAUCUGAUUCCACUCAUGGAUGCUGAGUAUGCAAACUAUUAUACCAGAGAAGUCAUGCUAAUUCUGAUCAGAGAGUUCCAGUCUCCUGAUGAAGAGAUGAAAAAAAUUGUUUUGAAGGUGGUAAAGCAGUGUUGUGGUACAGAUGGUGUUGAAGCAAACUACAUUAAAACAGAGAUCUUGCCACCUUUUUUCAAACACUUCUGGCAGCACAGAAUGGCUUUGGACAGGAGGAAUUACAGACAGUUGGUGGAUACGACAGUGGAGCUGGCAAAUAAAGUUGGAGCAGCAGAAAUUAUUUCUAGAAUUGUGGAUGAUCUGAAAGAUGAGGCCGAACAGUACAGAAAAAUGGUCAUGGAAACAAUUGAGAAGAUAAUGGGAAAUCUGGGUGCGGCAGACAUUGAUCAUAAGCUGGAAGAGCAACUUAUUGAUGGCAUCUUGUAUGCCUUUCAAGAACAGACCACAGAGGAUUCUGUGAUGCUGAAUGGCUUUGGCACAGUGGUUAAUGCUCUUGGCAAACGAGUGAAGCCCUACUUGCCGCAGAUCUGCGGUACGGUUCUGUGGCGUUUGAACAACAAGUCGGCCAAGGUGCGGCAGCAGGCUGCUGACCUCAUCUCUCGUACUGCAGUGGUCAUGAAGACUUGUCAAGAGGAAAAACUGAUGGGACAUCUGGGUGUUGUGUUAUAUGAGUACCUGGGUGAAGAAUAUCCGGAAGUACUGGGCAGCAUACUUGGAGCACUUAAGGCUAUUGUUAAUGUCAUAGGUAUGCACAAGAUGACACCACCUAUCAAAGAUCUGCUGCCACGGCUCACGCCUAUUUUGAAGAACAGACAUGAGAAAGUACAGGAGAAUUGUAUCGAUCUGGUUGGGCGCAUUGCUGACAGAGGUGCAGAAUACGUUUCUGCAAGAGAAUGGAUGAGGAUCUGCUUUGAGCUGCUUGAGUUAUUAAAAGCUCACAAGAAAGCUAUUCGAAGAGCCACAGUAAAUACUUUUGGAUAUAUUGCAAAAGCCAUUGGACCUCACGAUGUCUUGGCUACAUUGCUGAAUAACUUGAAAGUACAGGAAAGGCAGAACAGAGUAUGUACUACAGUAGCAAUUGCUAUUGUAGCUGAAACAUGCUCGCCUUUCACAGUGCUGCCUGCGCUCAUGAAUGAAUACAGAGUCCCAGAACUGAAUGUCCAGAAUGGUGUGUUAAAAUCUCUUUCUUUCCUGUUCGAAUACAUUGGAGAAAUGGGAAAAGAUUAUAUUUAUGCUGUUACGCCAUUGCUCGAAGAUGCUUUAAUGGACAGAGAUCUUGUACACAGACAAACAGCCAGUGCUGUGGUGCAACACAUGUCUCUUGGUGUUUAUGGGUUUGGCUGUGAAGAUUCUCUUAAUCAUUUGUUAAACUACGUAUGGCCUAAUGUGUUUGAAACCUCUCCGCACGUCAUUCAGGCAGUCAUGGGGGCUCUGGAGGGCCUCAGAGUUGCUAUUGGCCCUUGCCGAAUGUUGCAGUAUUGUUUGCAGGGUUUGUUUCAUCCUGCCCGGAAAGUCAGAGACGUUUACUGGAAGAUUUAUAAUUCCAUCUACAUUGGCUCACAGGAUGCUCUGAUAGCACACUAUCCAAGAAUCUAUAACGAUGAAAAGAACACCUAUAUUCGUUAUGAACUUGACUACAUCUUAUAAUCUUCUUGUUCUGUUGUUUGUGUUUAAUGCACAGCUGUUCUUCACAUAAAUGCUUCAGAUUUCAUGAUGUAAAAUUUUAAAAUAUUGGAGAUGAGUAUAGAGCUGGUCAGAGGCAGAGGUAGGAAUCCAGUAGCAUGAUUUUUUAAAUAUGUCCUUGUUUUUUGAUGUUAAACAGUUAAAGCCAGUAGUGACCAAGAAAACAGUGAUUACAGUAUACAGGAGGGAUUUCAUUUUUGGUUCAUCUUUAUGAAGAUUUAGAUUUCAUUCCUUGUGUUUAAAGGGGUUGUUUAUUUGAGAAAUAAACAUUUGUGUAUAAAAUCUAAUUUGCGUGUGGUUUUUGGAUUGAGAGACUUGUAAAACGAGUCUCUGAUGGAUUUAAGUAUUUGUUCAUGUAAUAAAUAGGUGGCGUCAAGCAUUUUAACCCUUUUGUCACCCCCUAGCUUUUGAAUAAAUAAGAAAAAUAUACAAACUGUA